CAACGAGUAUCAUUUCGCAAAUUGAAUCCCAUCAUCCCGGUACAGCCUACAACAUUUACGCAUCUAUUGCUAACUGACUGACAGAAACGAUGUUCAGUUUCGCAUACGUUUUACUACCAGCUAGUUGGAAGACGGAGUCGAUCGGUAUGGGCGUAAUCAAACUAUACGGUUUCCACAUCAGCCCACCCGUCCGAACGGUUCAGCUAACCGCGAAAGCUCUUGGCCUUGAUCUCGAAUUUCACACCGUCAACGUGUUGAAUGAAGAGCACCUAACCGACGAGUUCAAAAAGCUGAACCCCCAGCAUACAGUUCCAGUUAUCAAUGACGAUGGGUUUGUGGUGAUCGACAGUCAUGCUAUCGCCAUCUACUUGGUAUCGAAGUACGCCCCCAAUAGUGGUCUCUACCCAUCCGACAUCAAGCAGCAAGCUCGUAUCAAUUCCAUUUUACACUUCGAGUCCGGAGUUUUGUUCCCUAGACUGCGAUGGAUCGGCGAAUCUCUUCUGGAGGCUUGCGAGUGGGCCGAUGUUCCCCAGGAACGCAUUGACUAUGCAUUGAAGUCCGUUGAGCUGUUGGAAGCUUUGUUGGGGGACGACCCGUACAUGGCAGGAGGGCACGUGACCUUGGCCGAUAUUAGUUGCGUGACUUCGUUUUCUAGUUUGGAACAUAUGCUGAAGAUCGAGCGCAAUAACUAUCCGAAGGUGUACGCUUGGUAUGAGCGGAUGAAGCAAAUUGAUGGAUUUGAAGAAUUCGUUAAGAAAAUUGUUGAUCAGCUGGAUGGAGUAAUUCAGGGUGUUUUCGAAAGUAAUAAGGAGAAACGGAGUAGUGGCAAUUUGUUAAACUAACACAAAUAUUUAAAAAAAAUGUCACAGGAUCAAGGGUAAUUGAAUUCUAUAUAAAAUAUCAGAAUAUCGUUUGGAAUAAAACAUAAAUAAAACAAGAACAUAUUAUUGUA